AAACACACAGUCAGUAUUCAGUAUGAGGUUCAGUAUACAGGGUGCUAAUGUGGAGUGAAGUUCAUUUUAGUUGAAUAAACAGUACGUCUGUUUUUCACUCUGCUACACACCUGCACAAGGGCCUAAACGCAGCAGCUUGUACAAAUAUGAAUUAAAUCGUGAUUCAUCAUUUCAGUAAGUUUGUUUAUCUACUAAUCAGAGACGGGCUCGAUAUCAGUUUAAACUGAAACAAUCAGAGACAUUUCUCCAUCAGAGAGGAAAUUAUCUGUUGUUAUGUUUGAUAAAAAUAUUAAAAUUGUAGCUGAACAUCUUUGUACUGAAAGCACAGAGUGAAGAUUGUUUAGCAGCGAUUCUGACUGUAAAUCAUAAGUUUUUCUCUCUGUAUUUUAUCUAACAUUACAUUUCUCUCUGUUGUUUUACACGACACCUUCAGUACUGGUAAGUAAAUAACUCGACUUCACACUAACGGUAGCGGCUGAUGUUUUAUAAACUUAUCACAUAUAUUACAUUUGAAUCCAGGGAUGAAAUAGAAAGAUAAAAAGCAUUUUCAGAUGAUGUUUACGUGAAGGACUCUGAUCAGUCAGUGAGAUUCCACUUCCAUCAGCCAGCUUCUUUCCCACAAUGCUCCUGUGCGUAACCCCACUGCACUGCAAUAACGUAGCAGAGACGUUUACCAUGUCGAGUAAAAGACACAACAAACAUGUAACAUAUAACACACACCACUGCCAGACUCCAUCAGAAUCUUAUUCACAAUCAUACACCAAUAAAAUCACCAAAUUUCCCAGGAUUCCUCUGGAUUAAACAGGGGUCUUCUGUGUGAAUAUCCAAGGACCAUUUCACCUAUUUGGAUUAUUUUCAUGAGGUGUGACUCCUAAUUGUGUUCUUCCUGAAAUGAACAGUAACAGAACAUUUCCUGACGCUUCACCAUGAACAUAAAUCAUAGCUUUAACAGUUUUCAGUGCUUGUAGACAGAAUCAUUGCCAUCACUUGCUCUGCAUAACAAUCACAGCAUGUUUUAAGAAGCACUGAAGAGUUGACUCGGCCUAGCAUUUAGUCUCUUUAAGCUAACAGAAGUAAGCCAUGUUAAUGCACACAGCAUAAAGACAACCUGACUGAACUGAGAACAGAAGUCCUUACCUUCAUUUAUAAAAACUUCCAUAAUAGGAGAGAGGGAUUUGGGAGUGAAAGAGAGACAGACAUAAGGAGAUCACGCAUCUUCCCAAGUCUACUGCGACACAUCAUAUGCUGUCGUAACCGAUAUAUAGACGAGGCAGUAGCAAAGCACAUCAUUCUGUUAUCUGUUCAGUUUUUCACAUUGAUACACGUCUGUGUUUUAAUUAAAGGAAGUGGGAAUCUGAUAUUCUGUAUAUUCCUUUAUGUACUACAAUAGCACACAGAUAUAUUACAAAAUAUUGAACUAUAGAUUUAAAAUACACAGGGGAAAUGCACAUAUACUGACAUACUGUAUAUUGGUAAAUACAUGCGUUUAUCAGAAAAUAGUAUUUUCCAAUAAAUCACAAGAUAUUUCUGUUCCUUAAGGGGAACUAGCGGUAUAUUAGCACAAUGCUACAUUCUACAGAUUUGCUGUGUGUGAUGACUGAUUGUUGCCUAGUUUUCCUCUUUUUUAUUAAGACACACAUCAGCUGUGUUUUAACCAGAGUAACAGUUACUUUCACAUUUUCACAUGGAACAAUUCACAUUUGACUUCAUGCAUAAAAUCUUCACACUGUAUUAUUUACUUUCACAGGAGGAAGUAACAUGUGAGUAUAAAGACUUUUCUGUGAUGGUGAUGUGUUGAUCCUGCAUGAAUAAUAUAUUUAUUGUGCAGAUGAAAUAGAUUAGACUGUGCUGUGUGUUCAGAGUGCAAUAGCACAUAGAUAUAUGAGCAUCAUGAGCAUAGUGUAGUGAACACCACAGACUGUGAUCGCUGCAGAACGUCCAUCACGCUGGAGUCUAGUUUGUCAUUAGUGUUAUACAGACACAGAAAUCUGACCUACACACUGAUACUGAGAGCUGAAAAGCUGAAGGUGUCUUUACAAAAGACACACACACUCAUUAGUGACCAAUCUGAUGUAAUGGAGCUAAUAAUCAGAGACGGGCUCGAUAUCAGUUUAAACUGAAACAAUCAGAGACAUUUCUCCAUCAGAGAGGAAAUUAAACUACACACUAAAUGUGUCCUUUAGAUUGUUACAGUUACUGGACAUCCAGUAGAACAGACUAGAUCACUGCCACAUCUAGCACUGAGAACCACGACAACACACAAAGCUAGCUAAUAUCGGGCAGCGAGUUUGUUCUGUAGACUGUGUGCUGUGUGAAUGAGCGCAGUCAGAAUGAGCACAGUUACACUGCGACAUCGGAGAUCAGACUGCUGCAGAAUCAGACAGAGCCACGGUGCGAGCUAACCGGCUAACGCUAGGUAAAAGACAAGCUCUUGUUGAAAGUGAGCGGUUUUGCUCUUUUACCUUGUACUCAGUAACUGUGAGAGUCACAUUGAUGAUCAAAUCAACUCCACUAUUUUAAACAGGGUGAAAAUACACCAUGUAAAACAAUUCAACAUAAACAUUAGUGACAGACUGUAGAGUUCUGAGACAAAGAACAAAACUCCACCAGCAUGACCUCAGAGGCUUCAUCCAAUAGAGUGAUAAACACACAGAUACACUUCUAGAGCGAAGGAGCAGACAUUACAGUUUGAUAAAAAAAAAGUAGAUGAUGGACAGAUGAGACAAAGACUACGCUGUAGCAGAGUGAUGAAAAGAGGAAAGUGUGAAGAAAAAAGAAAAGCGCUCAUGAUCCAAAUCAAAGCAGCACUUCUGUGAACCAUGGAGACAUGGACAUUUAUGGAAGAGUAGAACUUGUCUUUAUUUUCCCCUGAUACAGAUAGAAAUGGAUUAAAAUAUGGUGAUGCUCAGCAUUUUCACUUCAUAUGGAGUGUUUUAUUCAACAGUUGAUCACAGAUAUGUGUUACUGCACGGAGGAAAACACUCCAUGAAGAAUUUAAUGAUUUAAAUAUAAACUAUUUAUAAUGAUUCACUACUUGUUGUUAUGUUUGAUAAAAAUAUUAAAAUUGUAGCUGAACAUCUUUGUACUGAAAGCACAGAGUGAAGAUUGUUUAGCAGCGAUUCUGACUGUAAAUCAUAAGUUUUUCUCUCUGUAUUUUAUCUAACAUUACAUUUCUCUCUGUUGUUUUACACGACACCUUCAGUACGGGUAAGUAAAUAACUCGACUUCACACUAACGGUAGCGGCUGAUAUUUUAUAAACUUAUCACAUGUAUUACAUUUGAAUCCAGGGAUGAAAUAGAAAGAUAAAAAGCAUUUUCAGAUGAUGUUUACGUGAAGGACUCUGAUCAGUCAGUGAGAUUCCACUUCCAUCAGCCAGCUUCUUUCCCACAAUGCUCCUGUGCAUAACCCCACUGCACUGCAAUAACGUAGCAGAGACGUUUACCAUGUCGAGUAAAAGACACAACAAACAUGUAACAUAUAACACACACCACUGCCAGACUCCAUCAGAAUCUUAUUCACAAUCAUACACCAAUAAAAAUCAUAUGAUAUUGAACUAUAGAUUUAAAAUACACAGGGGGAAAUGCACAUAUACUGACAUACUGUAUAUUGGUAAAUACAUGCGUUUAUCAGAAAAUAGUGUUUUCCAAUAAAUCACAAGAUAUUUCUGUUCCUUAAGGGGAACUAGCGGUAUAUUAGCACAAUGCUACAUUCUACAGAUUUACUGUGUGUGAUGACUGAUUGUUGUCUAGUUUUCCUCUUUUUUAUUAAGACACACAUCAGCUGUGUUUUAACCAGAGUAACAGUUACUUUCACAUUUUCACAUGGAACAAUUCACAUUUGACUUCAUGCAUAAAAUCUUCACACUGUAUUUACUUUCACAGAGGGCACCAUCACGUGAGUAUAAAGACUUUUCUGUGAUGGUGAUGUGUUGAUGCUGCAUGAAUAAUAUAUUUAUUGUGCAGAUGAAAUAGAUUAGACUGUGCUGUGUGUUCAGAGUGCAAUAGCACAUAGAUAUAUGAGCAUCAUGAGCAUAGUGUAGUGAACACCACAGACUGUGAUCGCUGCAGAACGUCCAUCACGCUGGAGUCUAGUUUGUCAUUAGUGUUAUACAGACACAGAAAUCUGACCUACACACUGAUACUGAGAGCUAAAAAGCUGAAGGUUUUUGUUUGAAUGUGAUUUCAUAGCAGUAACUCCUUCUGAAAGUGAUUGAGACGGGCUAACAUUACUGUAGUGUAUAUAACUACAGAGAGAGAUGUGAGUUAGAGAGUUCACACUGGAUCAUGGUGCAUGAAAGAGAUUAUAACAGAAUAGAAGUAAGUGAUCUGGUGAAUUUGUUUCUUGCAGCAUUAAUACUGAAAGAGCCUGAAGAGGUUUUUUUUCAAGUCAGCAGAAAGAGGAGAGAAACAAGCCAGUACAGGAUAAAAACAGACUUCUUGAGAACAGCUACAGCACGUUUAGAGCCAAUACUAUAGGAUCAAAUACAGAGAACAUUACAGAAAAUAACUGCAUUUUUAAUCAUCUCAACAAUCUUACUUUGCAUUUUUUCCCUCACAUCCUCCUCUAAAUGAAGAGAUCCGGGUUCGUCAGAGAGACAGAAAAUGGACAGAAGAUGAGAGAGUGGAAAUGGAGAAAUCUGCUCUACUGAUUGAAUAUAAAAUAGAUGAAAAAAUGAUUUAUCGUGAAUUUAAAACAAACAUCAGAAAACUGGAAAAAACUGAAGAAGAGCUAAAAAACACUGAGCUGAAACUGUCUAAAUCACUGGAACAUAAAGAGCAACAGCUAGAGGAGUGUAAAAGAGAAAUAGAGGAUAAAGACACAGAACUGAGAAACAGAAGGAAAAUCAUGGAGGAGAAAGAAACACUACUCAAAGAUACAAAUAGAAAACUAAAGAAGUCGACUGAAGCUCUACAGGAAAGAGACAGAGCUCUACAGGAGAGAGACAGAGCUCUACAGGAGAGAGACAGAGCUCUACAGGAGAGAGAUCAACAACUGAAACUGAAAGACACACAGAUACAGGAGGCACGAACACAAGUGGAGGAAAAGGAGAGAAGAUUUGUGGAGAAGGAAAAAGAAUUAAAGGAGAAAAAUGAACAGCUGACGGUUCUAAAAGAACGUUUAGAGACGAAUGAGAAGACUCUUUCUGAGAGAGGUGAAGCGUUAAUGGACACAAAUAAAAAACUUCAAAAUGCCACUGAACAGAUUAAGGAGAAAAUCUCAGAACUGGAGAAUAUGAAGAAACUGCUGGGUGAGAAAGAAACACAGCUGAAGAACACAGAUAAAGAACUGGAAACCAGUAAAAAUAAACUGGAGACACUGGGACAGGAGCUGCAGGACAAGGAGAGACAACUACAGGACAAGAUGAUCGUACUGGAACAACAGAAAACUGAGUUAGCAGAAACAAAACAACAUCUUGAAGAGAAAGAGAGGCUUCUAACUGAGAGAGAGACACAGCUAAUGGAAAGAGACAAACAGCUUCAGGAGAAACACAGACUUCUGACAGAAAAUACACAAACAUUUCAGAUGACACUGGAAGAGAAGGACAAACAGGUCAUGGAGUUAAAAAAAGAAUUUAAACAAAAAUUGAUGGAAAAAGACAAACAGAUUCAGGAGAAAGAGAGACAACUGGAGAGUUUGGUGAAUGAACUGGAAACCAGUAAAAAUGAACUAGUAGAAAGAGACAAACAGCUUCAGGAGAAAGACAGACUUCUGGCAGAAAAUACACAAACACUGCAGGUGAAGGACAAGACACUGGAAGAGAAGGAGACACUGCUCAGAGAGGUAAAAGAGGAAUUGGGAAAAACAAGUAAGAGAUUAGAAGAGAAUCAGACACAGAUAAAGGACAAAGAGAGACAACUGGAGAACAUGGGGAAGGAACUGGAAACCAGUAAAAAUAAACUGGAGACACUGGGACAGGAGCUGCAGGACAAGGAGAGACAACUACAGGACAAGAUGAUCGUACUGGAACAACAGAAAACUGAGUUAGCAGAAAAAAACAAACAUCUUGAAGAGAAAGAGAGUCUUCUAACUGUGGGAGAGACACAGCUAAUGGACAGAGACAAACAGCUUCAGGAGAAAGACAGACUUCUAGAGGAGAAAACAAAGCAGCUGCAGGAACAGACAUAUCCAGAGUCAUCAGCCCCCAUCAGAAGAAGAAACAGCAGGGAGUGGUUACCUCCAGAUAUGAGUGGAGCGACUCAGGACUCUGCACCACCAAUCAGGAGAAGAAACAGUAUGGAGGGAAGACGUCCAACAUUGGGUGGAGAAUCGUCUAGUCCACAUUCUCCAGUGUCGGUUCCUGUAGCAGAACUGAGGCUGGUGCUGCUGGGGAGGACGGGGUCUGGGAAGAGUGCAGCCAGAAACACCAUCCUGGGCAGAGAGGAGAGGAACCAGGCUGCUACAUCUACAAAUACAUCUACAUCCACCCAGCAGAGUGAGAGCACACAGGGGGAGGUGGCUGGGAGGAAGGUGACUGUGGUGGACACUCCUGACUGGUUCUCUCCUGGACUCUCUCUGGAGAAGCUGAGACAGGACGUGGGACACUGUGUCCGUCUGUCUGCUCCAGGACCCCACGCCUUCCUCCUGGUCAUACCUGUAAAGCAGUCUACAGGAGAGGAGAGAGGGACUCUGGAGAAAAUGGAGGAGAUGUUUGGAGAGAGAUGUUGGAGAAACACCAUGAUCAUAUUCAGUGUUACUGAUGAGCUUCAGAAGAAGAACAUUGAGGAGUUUAUCCAGGCAGGAAACCAGGAGGUCCUGAGAUUUGUAGAGAAAUGUGGGAACAGGUUUCACUGUCUCAACAUUGAGGAGAGUGGAGAUGCUUCUCAGGUCUCAGAGCUGCUGGAGAAGAUAGAGAAGAUGGUGGAAGGAAGCAGAGAGAAAUUCUACAGCAGUGAGAUCUACCUGGAGACAGAAUCUCACUUUAGAGCAAUGGAGACAAAGAUCCUGAAGGAAAGAGAAGAGAAAAGAACAAGAGAGGAGAUGGAACUGAAGGAAAAAAUAAAAAAGGAGGUGCAGGACUCUCUGAGAAAGAUGGAGGGAGUGAUCCAGGAGCAUGAAGGAGACAUCAGACAACUUAAUGACCGAACAUCUGAACUGGAGAGAAAGAUGAAAGAAGAGAAGGAUGAGGAGAAAAAGAGAGAACUUGAGAAGGAGCUGAAACGAGAGGUAGAGCGAAGGACAGAGAUGGAAGAAAAGGUGAAGAAACUGAAAGAAAAGAGAGAGAGGGAGAGGAGAGAGAUGGAGGAGAGGCACCAACAGGAGAUGGAGGAGAUCAGGGAAGUCUAUGAAGGAGAGGUCAGGAUGGAGACAGAGAGAAAUCUCAUGAAGAUCAUCCUGCCUGAACUCCAGAGAAACAUUUCGGCCUCAAAAACGAAGAUGCAGGAAGAGUUCAACAGACAGAUGGAGGAGAAGAACAGAGAGCUGGAGCUCUUUAAACAGAGACUUUCAGAGCUCACAGAGACUCACAGUCUGCUUGAAGAGGUUUAUGAGAAAACUGUGAGAAGCAGCUCAGAACCAGAGAGAGCAGCUCUAACAGGAGAGGCAUUGAAGGGAAUGUCUCGGAGAUUUAAAGACUUUUUUCACUGAGUAACAGAGAUUAUAAAGCCACAGAGACUCAAUCAGUCAGAAAUGAGGAGUAUCAACCAGUCAUGGUGAACAUCACAGAGUAAGAGAUCGUAGCAUAAGGCUAAUGAGAGAAGCUAAUACACAGGGUGAAACUUUCUUUUAUGAAACCCUGCAGGAGAAAAUGCCUAAUCACCAAAUAAUUAUUAAAUAAACAGUAUAAUCAACAUUUUAAAAAAUCAAGAUGGAUUGUCCAGUUGGAUACGAGUGUGUAGCUUACACACAAAUAAACUUGUUACUGCUACUUUCUGGUCAUGCAGGACACCAAAACAAAUAUAGUGAGUGGGGAUCAUUUUGGACAUUUUACACCCUGAAGAAUUCACAUCAUACCCCAAGGUGUUUUAUUCUUCUUAUACAUCAGCAAUUUGCCAACACUUACAAUUAAAUAAAUUAAAGAAGGACACUUUAUGCUUUUAAGCCCUUUAUAGUUACAGUUAAUGUUGUGGUACAUCCUCAACACAAGUUAGUUGCUGCUAUCACUUAUAUUAUAACAGCUAAAAGGGGUUAUUACCUCACCAGAUUUUCUUUUCUCUCUCCUGAAAGAAAUAAAAAGUGUCAGAAAACCUGCUGAUUGUUGCUGUGAGGGCUGACGGGUUGAUGACGUGACACAGACUUUCUUCUGAAAAUCCUAUUAAUUUGUAAAGUUUCUAUAAACCUUUUUAUAUUUAAAUUUGGCUAUAUUUGCCAUAAUUUCACAAAGUGUUUUACAUUGAUCAAAACUGCAAAGCAUUUGCAUUAAUAGUUCUACUAGGGAAAUUUGUCUAAAUCUGUUCGUUUUACAAAAUAUCACCUGGUGCGACCAUGUGGAAAAGACCUUUUUUGAGACAUUUGUACUGAAAGUAAUUCAAUGACAAACAGUGUCAUCAUCGAGCUACAUCUCUGUGAUCCUUGGAAAUAUCUAGAAGGAUUUGUCAGACUUUAUCAAACCUGGAAAACUUGAACCUUUUUUAACGUAUUGUCAUGUUGCUGCCAUAUAUGGCUUUCAUGUGGUUUGACCUCAAGAAAGAUGGAUAUUCUGUUUAUAUUUUGUAAACUGUCAGUUGAAAACUAUGCAUUUAUUUUGUUUGUAUUUGAAAUUAUGUAUAUAUGUAUGUAUAUCUUUAUUUAUUUCAUAUUUUAUUUUAACUUGUAAAAUAAAAUACCACUAAAUCGCUAAA